AUGACCGACUACGAAUAUCCAUCGACUUUUCUCAUUGUCUCAAGUAUUAUCGGCCACCUCGGAGCUGUUCUAAACAUUUAUACACUGAUUGUGAUACUGAUCGCAACGCCGAAAAAUAUGAAGAGAUAUAAGUAUUAUCUUCUAAUCAUGCAGUUCUUCUCAACAAUCUUCGAUCUAUUGCUUAAUUUACUCAAAGUCGAAAUCUAUCUCCCAGCAAUGGCGUGUCGCUUUUAUGGAAUAUUUUAUACGAUUUUUGGUAUGAGUGUCACUUGGGCCAUGUUUCUCGGGUUCAUCUCAAUUUGGGGAAUGGUUGGUGGAACGACGGCUUGUUUCCUCUUUCGACAUGAACAAGUCCUUCCACCAGAUCAUUGGAUCAAAUUAGGAGUGUCAAAAUGGACCUGGAUUCUUGUCGCCCAUGGUGUGCCGUAUGUCGGCGGCGGUUUAUAUGGGAUUUGGUCAUUCCCAUUCGAGCAUCCACCAAAUGCGAGCGGGUUGCCGAAGUUGAUCGAGGCGUACCCCCAAAAUGCCUAUCUCCAAUAUGAGACUGACACAUGGAUCGGUGACCCAAACGCUCUUCUAAGUCCACCAAUUUUCGAUUUAACUUGUGUACAAUUAUUGUUGUAUUCGGCAUUAUGUCCAAGUGUCGAAAUCCCUAUUGUGGUUGGU